AUGGGAUCAAGAAUUGAGAGGGGGGGCCAGAACAGCGCGGAAGGGAAUGAGGACAAGGACGAUAAAGCCUCAAAUUCUAGCCCGCUUCCUUUACUGGCGAACUCCGCGCACCGUAAUGGAGAUUAUUCAUUCUCUGGCCGGAACAUGAUCCAAAGUCCCGACGCUCCUUGUAUAUCAAUGCAGGGUCGUCGGAUUCUCUCCACUACGGAACCGGAAAUCAGGCGAAGCAGCCAGGGGCCGGCAACGUCUUUUGCUCCCGAUUUUAGCAGACGAGAUCUUGUCCUAUUCAAUCCCAGAUCUGUUAUCGAUGCGGAACGCCAUUUGCCUCCGCUUGCCGACGUACUCAACCAGAUCGACACGGACGUUAAGAAUUGCGGUUACCCAAGCUUUGAGUAUCAGGCGAACGGGAUUAUCCAACAUUUGAACGAUAUGUUAAGACGCCUCCCACACUCUGUUGGAACGAUGGGAGCCACCAGUGUUAGGGAAAAAAUGCCACUACCGGGUCCUCUGUUCUGUAGAGGCAAAAACUGCGCUAAGGUGAGGUUUCUGCCACCUUUAGAUGCUGUACUGGAAGCCAUGGCAAACGAUAUUGAACGCAGGGGCUUCCCGCCUAUUGUGCAUGAAGUGGACAGUACCUUGGAGUACCUAGUCAAUAUGGCAAAGGCUGUCCCAGCCUUCUUCCAUAACCCCUCCGUGAGAAAUUACCCUAGAAGGGCCAGUUCAUAUCGUCAUACCCAUGUUCUCAAUAACGAUCACGCAGGAAUUUAUAAUAUGCGGCAGGACAAUAACUCAGGAGCUGGCAGACUCUCUUUUAAACCAGCCGCUCGAGAACCGGGCUCAAUUCGGAGUUUGUGCGGAUGCUGUGAAAGUAGAAGAUAUCCCGAAAGCCUCGUCGGCGAAGGAAUGAGAGACACGGUGUCUAGAUACCCAGGAUUCGAGAAGAGACUAUCCUCUUGAUUCAAGGGAAAAAGGCCGCACCGAAGUGUUUCGCAUAUGAGCCUUUAGUGAUCAUAUAAUCACGAAAAAGCAUCUGAUUUCACCGACGCCAAGGACGAAGCAUAGUCGAAACCAAACGGUACCCAUCUAGAAUGAGAGCUGGAAGAUUGGCGAAAGAAAUUUGUGGUCAGAUCAACUGAUACCACCGGCCGUGGUUCUGCGACAUUAGUUAACAUUCUCUCUGGAGCAGCCAGCCAGCCAGUUCCACUCGAG